UAGUAGUGUCGGCUCUGCACGAUUAAGACGUAGGACUGGUUAUCGUAAAAAUGUAACAUUAAGUCAGCAUAGUGUUCCUGAGCCAAAGCCUUCUCAACCAAAAGAGUCACUAUGCGAGUCUUGUAAGAUUGUGCAUUUAAACGUACAAAGGGUUGGCAGUCUUGAUUUAUGCUCUUAUUGUCGAACGCUUUUUGAUGAUGAUAAUACGAUUCGUUUUAGGCGUGCCGGACAAUACGGAUUUCAACCUCACAAACGCGUUAAAAUUUUAGGUCGUGAUAAUAAAUGGUAUCCAGCAACGCAGGUUGAUGUCACAAAUGGACGUAUUCGUGUACAUUUCGACGGUUGGAGUGAUAAAUUUGAUGAAUGGGUACCGGCUGGAAGCCAAAGAAUGAAAGAUAUGACAUUAGAUGAGAUAUUAGAGGCACAAAAAGCUUUGGAAGAAGAAAGCACAGAAACAUUUGAUGAAAAUGAAUCAAUGUUAAUUCUACAUAACAAAGGCAGAAUACGCGUUAAGGGCCAAAAUAAACCUCCUUCUAUUUCGAGUUCUUCAAAAAAAAGUUCUUCACAAUCAAAAAAC